AUGACGAUAAUGCGAAAGUCAUGGAUGAUUCCAGGAAAGGCAACUGCGGGACAGCGCAAUGCGCACGUGAGGCGACGCAUGCCGGCGACAGAUUUGCAACGUUUGUAUAAUUUUUUUCGGAGAAUAGGCGCGUGCCGAGAUGAAUGGCAAAAUCGAGAGCGUUCCAUAAGUUCCUCACGCGAGAGUAGAGCGGGGGGAGAGCAAAGAGGAAGUGGUGUACAAGAGACACAGCUCUCUCCAAGCAAAGGCGCCUGCAUAUCAGGUAGUAGCGAGGUAGUCAUGUCUGAGUCCUUCCUUAUUGCCUCAACAGACCGUGCCACAGCUCGCCUUGAGAGUGUCACGGCCAGUACUUCGGUGCGGUCGCCAACUGACGCUGGCGACUCGGACGCCGCCGGCGGCGGAGGUGGAGGCCGAGUGAGUGCCCCACGCCCAACCGCUGCUAGCCCUUGUCGACCGGGCGUGCCCGCCGCAGCAUGA